AUGGCUGAUCCACUGGCGGAGAAGCUGGUGCAGCCUGCAGUCAAUCCCAGACAUCUGGCAUACUGCCCAUCUAUGGACUUGAUUGCAUUGGCGUCGAUUGACGAGCAUAUUUGUGUCUACAGAUUGAAUGGGCAACAGGUCUUCGGCAUUGCAAACAAACAAUCUGGUAACGGAAUAAAGCAAAUCAAGUGGAAACCUAAUGGUCAAUCACUUGCUACUGCAUACGACAAUAAUUUCCUUAUUCUGACAAACGCCCAUACCGGAAAAACGGUUCACCAGAUAGACUGCUCUGCGUACUCGAAGUCCCAGAUAUGCUGCCUAGGAUGGGGCAUCAAUUUUACUGACGGUAACAAAGUUGGCUGGGAGCUCGAUAAAUUCAAAGAUGAAGUGACCUUGGAUGAUAUGAUAAGUCAGAAUCCUCGAGUGAAGUCCAUGGAUAGUGUGCCAGAUCUACCUCUGGACCUAGCUUUGCUUGAUGUAGAGGCAUCCUUGCCUAAGCUGAGUCCUUUGUCUCCUGGAGGAAUUGAGGAUGACAUCUUCAGUUCUCGAGCAUCGUUAGACACUUUGUUUCAGCCGCUGACAAUUGGCUCGACUGAUUCUGCAGACAUCCUUCUUGUCGGGUUUGAAGAUGGUACUGUCCACCUCAGUAUCUAUGACUCCUUUGAGAUCGGUAGUUUCAACCUGCAGCAGGCGUCUCGUGGAUUCCGGAACUGCAGACCGAUUUUGCACUGCUCUCACCCCUAUUCUACGACUCAUUCCAUGCUCGUUUCAGCUCCCAUCGAAGACCAAGAAGAACUGCACAUCGUGCCACUUGAUCUCCGCUUGCUAUCGAAUGCUGGAAGAUAUUUGUCCUUGUUGGCAUCAAAAUCUACACAGCUCCACAACGUCCUACGCUACAUUCAUCAAGUCCAACGACAAAUGUAUCAUGAUUUCAAAACCUCUCGAGACUUGCCCAGCAAAUACAUCGCCAACAUUGAGGAGAGUUUACAAGAGCAGGCAGAUUACAACUGGAUGCAAGCUGCGUAUCAUCUCGUCGUCACUGGGGAUUGCUAUCCUGAAGUCAAAGAAUGGUUAGUAGAUCAGUUGGGAGAAAGGGGACACAAGCGAUGGGAGAAGGCCACAACGACUGGUUACGAAAGUGUGCGGCGCCUGGCUCAUGAGAAUCUGCUGCCUGCACUAGAGAGGUUCACCGUUCUCGUGAGCCGGCUUCGUGGCUUGUCGAGGUUCCAACUCUCAAAUGCCAAUCUUGGGCUGUCAACACAAGAAUUCGACGAUGUUUUGGACACUAUUAGUUGUCUCCAACUUAUGGCACACCAGAUCCUUAUCACUUCUGGUUCGGAACUCCGUCAAUUCCUUGCCUUUUCCGCUUGGCUGCGCCAGGAGAUUGAAAUCCAGGCCUCCGAUGCAAGCGUGGCAGAGUUCGCAGAGAAAGAUGUUAACCUUGAUCACGCUAGUACGCUCGAGUAUAUCCAAGGCGCCAUGACGCAAAGUCAACUUGCCAGCUUCUUCAUCUUGGAAGCGCGUGCGGAGGAGAAACCCCCACGGGAUCUGGCAGCGGAAGGAAGGUCCUUGUUCGAGCUAUCCAAACGGGGGCUCCAGAACGCCAGCAGGGAAGACUCCUCUGCCAGCCAACUUCCCCCUCUUGAUGCAUUGAUGAAAAAACUUGAUACGCAAUGCAAUGUUAUUUUCAAAAGGAUUGCAGAAACGCAGAGAAGAAAUGUGAGAUUCGGUGCGCCCGUUUAUCUUCAAAAGGGCGUCCCGUCCUGUAUGGACAUGAGGAUGUUGCAUGAGCUUGUUGGGGAGAAGAAAGAAUUGGUCCUUUACGUAGUUCUAGGUCCUGUGACUCAUCAAAGCGAUGUGCGUAUCUAUAGAAUCGUGUUGGAAAUCAAGAAUGGGAUGAGCUCUACAAAGAGCGUGGAAGGUGCUGUAAUCAAGACGGCUAGUUGGGAGUUCAGAGAUGUCAAAUUCGUCGAUGAUGAUGAAUUGGUGUUGGCUGUCUCCGCAGAGUCUUCUUCUCAGCUUUUCAGAAUCCCAUACCGAGAAUCAGCCAAUGCCUCCGGUAAAUUGGCGUAUGCUACGAUCAACGAAAGGAACGUCGAGCAACGCAUGGAUGGCAAUACUGACCAUUCCAGCAUUGACCUUUCGAGACCAGACGUCGCCAGCGCAUAUAUGUGGCAGGAAUUUCCGGACGGAGUCUCUUGGACACCAGAAAGAAUGGAGGUCAAUGGUAGGAAGGGUAGACGGGUUAUCUGUGUGCUUGCUCAAGACAGAUUCCAUUACAGAGUAUAUGACUUAGACGGCUCUUCGAGUGGUGGGGAAGUCCAAGAUACUAGGACUGAAGGCAGUGAUGAGCCCUCCUGGACCAUGGACGUCAGCCAGGUGCUUGAGAGCACUUUCUCACCAGAUGCAUCAGCACGUCAGAAUGCAGAACAGCAGCUGUCCCAAGCAGCUGAGCUCAAUUUUUCAACAUAUCUGAUUACACUUGCGCAGGAACUUGCAAAUGAAAAAGCCCAACCGGGUGUUCGUCAAGCCGCCGGUAUUGCCCUGAAGAACGCAUUCUCAGCGCGAGAGUACACUCGUCUACGCGAGAUUCAGUCACGAUGGCUUCAGAGUGUCGAUGUCAAUACCAAGAGCUCUGUGAGGGACCUGGCCCUGCAAACACUCGCUUCGAAGGACACACGGGCAGGCCAGGCUGCAGCGCAGUUUAUCUCAUCAAUAGCAGCAAUCGAUAUUCCACGAAAUCAGUGGCAAGAAUUGAUGCCCGCUCUGGUAGAGAACGUCGGCGAAGGCGCGGACCACCUCAAGCAGGCCUCUUUACAGACCAUUGGUUACAUUUGCGAAGCUGAGGACCAGGACCUGCGCGAUAGCCUCGUACAACAUUCCAACGCCAUUCUUACCGCCGUCGUCCAAGGCGCGCGGAAGGAGGAGAGUAAUAAGGACGUACGACUGGCGGCUAUCAACUCGUUGUCAGACUCCUUAGAGUUCGUGCGGACCAACUUUGACAAUGAAGGAGAGCGGAAUUAUAUCAUGCAGGUCAUUUGUGAAGCUACUCAAUCUGGAGAUAACCGCAUUGAAGCCAGUUCUUACGGCUGCUUAAAUCGGAUUAUGGGUCUCUACUAUGACAAAAUGAAAUUCUACAUGGAAAAGGCACUCUUCGGACUGACUAUUAUGGGCAUGAAGAACCAGGAGGAAGAUGUGGCCAAGCUUGCGAUCGAAUUUUGGUGCACGGUCUGCGAGGAGGAGAUUGCCAUUGAGGACGACAAUGCUAUGGCUGCCGCUGAAGGGUCCGAGUUACGACCGUUUUUUAAAUUCGCUCGGAUAGCAUUUCGCGAGGUUGUGCCUGUACUACUACACCUCCUAGCUCAACAAGAUGAAGACGCCUCCGACGAGGAUUACAAUAUUUCGAGAGCAGCGUACCAAUGUCUGCAAUUGUAUGCUCAGACAGUCGGUGGAGAGCUCGUACAGACGGUGCUAAGUUUCGUGGAGGUGAACUUGCGGCAUGCGGAUUGGCAUUUCCGUGAUGCGGCUGUCUCAGCUUUCGGUGCAAUCAUGGAAGGUCCAGAUGAGAAGAUGCUCCAACCCUUGAUCAAACAGGGUUUGCCUGUUCUAAUUGGCAUGAUGGACGACCCUGUGGUCCAGGUCAAAGACUCAGCAGCGUUCGCGCUGGGUCGAAUCUGUGAGAAUGUUUCGGAAUCUAUUGAUCCUCAGGAACAUCUCCGACCACUUAUUGGGGCUCUCUUCGGAGGUCUCUCGAGUAGUCCGAAGAUGGCAGGCUCCUGUUGCUGGGCCUUAAUGAACCUUGCGGAGAGAUUUUCAGGAGAUCCAGGCUGUCAAGAAAAUCCUAUGUCACCACACUUUCAAGAGAGUAUACAGCGAUUACUUACUGCGACAGAGGGUCCUGAGGCCGAUAACCAAUUGCGGAUGGCUGCCUAUGAAGUUCUGAAUGCGUUCGUGACGAAUGCUGCAAACGACAGCCUUCCCAUCGUCGCCAAAUUGUCGGAAGUGAUUCUUGAGCGCUUGGAAAAGACGAUACCCAUGCAACAGCAGAUUGUAAGUGUAGAGGAUCGAAUUACGCUUGAGGAAAUCCAGACGAGCCUUACCAGUGUUCUACUUGCCAUUGUGCAAAGGCUGGAGGGGGAGAUCAAGCCUGCAGCUGACCGCAUCAUGAACGUGCUUCUGCAAAUUCUGAGUUCGGUCGGUAGCAAAUCCAGCGUUCCAGAUACCGUCUUCGCCGCUGUCGGGGCUUUGGCAAAUGCGCUCGAAGAAGACUUUGCAAAAUACAUGAGUUCAUUCAGCUCCUUCUUGUACAAUGCUCUAGGUAACCGAGAGGAGCCUGGAUUAUGUGCCAUGGCCAUUGGACUCGUCAGCGACGUUACUCGAGCACUAGGACAGCUGUCUCAACCAUACUGCGACACAUUCAUGAACUACCUACUUCAAAACCUCAGUGACAAAUCCGUCAGUAAUCAAUUCAGACCGGCUAUCCUCCAAACCUUUGGGGACAUUGCUCAGGCUAUAGGACCGCACUUUGAAACGUACCUGUCUGUGGUAGCUCAAGUAUUACAGACAGCCGCCAGUGUUACGAUGGGGGAGAGCGCCGCUUUCGAAAUGUUCGAUUAUGUGAUCUCAUUGAGAGAAGGGAUCAUGGACGCGUGGUCGGGUGCUAUCCUCGCGAUGAAGACCAAACCCCAAAUCUUGAUGCCGUAUGUCGAGUCAGUAUUCUCGAUAUUGAGUGUGAUAGCUCAGGACCCCAACCGGAGUGAGGCUCUCGUACGCUCUGCCAUGGGCGUCAUUGGAGACUUAGCAGACACAUUCCCCAAUGGCGAAUACGCCAACUACUACCGCGCCGAAUGGAUCACACAAAUGAUCAAGGAAACGAAGAGCAAUCGCGAGUUCCAAGGGCGUACCAUCGAGACUGCUCGCUGGGCUCGGGAACAAGUGAAGCGACAGACCGGGAACGCUCAAGCUGCUCAUCUGUCUUAA